AUGUAUCUGACUGACGAUAAACAGUCAACGUAUGGCAAGUGUCUCCGCUGGCUCAACGAUCAUUUGUCCAGCUGUGACAUUCAAAAUUAUAUCGACACGCCCACCAUCUCCAUCAUUGGAAGCCAAUCGACGGGUAAAUCAAGCGUCUUGGAAGCCCUUUCUGGUAUCGCUUUUCCUCGUGCUAGUGGGACAUGCACUCGUUGUCCAACUGAGGUCCGCCUUUUCAAUGCAUCUGAAGAAUGGAGCUGUGUCGUUACGUUGCGCAUCGACCGUGACGCUUCCAAUCAACCUUUGGAGAAACCGUCAAUUGUCAAGUUUGGUCCAGCUUUAACAAAGAGCGAUGAAGUUCAAGAACGUAUCAAGGCUGCUCAACGUGCAAUUCUCAAUCCAGACAAGGACCCUUUGUCAUUCAUUGGCUCAAAGGUUGAAGCUGACCAAGCACCUGAGAACCAAAUCAGCUUUUCAGAGAACACGAUCUGUCUCGAUAUUCGCGGUAAAGAGUUGAUUGAUUUGUCUUUAGUGGACUUACCCGGUAUCAUUGCUACCACGGGUGGAGCAGAAGAUGAUCAAAGUGUCGAUUUGAUCAAAGAACUCGUGAAGAAAAGAAUCUCGAAGCCAGGUUGUCUUAUUCUCAUGACUAUCACUAUGACGGAUGACUACCAAAACCAAAUCGGUGUCAAAUUUGCUCAAGACGCAGAUCCGAAGUAUCAACGCACAUUGGGUGUACUGACUAAACCUGAUAUAGUACAGCAAGACGAUUUAAGCGAGUGGACGAAGGUUGUUGAAGGCAAAAAGUUUCCACUGCUUCACGGUUACUACGUGUUGAAGAAUCCAAGCAGUGCUCAACUCAAGAAAGAAGGAUACAGUCACAAAAAUGCCCGUGAUGAUGAAAAAGGAUAUUUCAAAAAGGAGCCAUGGCAUUCGCUCAAUGCUGGUACAAAGCAAAGAUUGGGCUCAAAACAAUUGGGCAAGCAACUCGAAAAACUCCUCGAGAAGCUCAUUCAAGACAAACUUCCUCAAACCAUCGAAACGGUUCGUAAACUGAGCGCGGAAACGAAUGAAGAGCUUUUCCAUUUGCCCAAGGAAGUACCUGAAGCUGCUGCUAUUCAACAUUUGCACAUGUUGUUGCAAAAACUCAGCGCUGAUGUAAAAGCAACCCUUCGCGGCGACGAAAAGCCAGAAGUAUUUGCUUUGCCCCUCAAGCUUUUGGCAAUUCUCUUCCGUCAAAAGAUUUACAAAAGUCGUCCGUUCUUCCAACCUUUUACUAAGGACGAGCAGACAAUGAAAGGAAUCAAAAUCAAGAUCGGCGAUGAUGUUGAAGACCUUUUCGAUGAUGAGGAAUUAGCCAGUGAUUAUAAAGCUGCAAGUGAAUCAAAGCCAGAGGACGAAGAUGGUAAGCUUAACAAAUGGAUCAAAAAAGGCGAGAUCUACAAGAUGCAAGUCCCUCAGUAUAAUCUCGAUCUCAGUACCAUUCAAAACAUUUUGAAUGACUGCGCCUUAGAACGCUUGCCUGGCAACAUCAGUUGGGAAAUCAAAGAGCGCAUGAUGAAGAAAGCUGUCAAAUUUUUACCCGAUUUCAGCAGUAAUCUCUUGAAAGACACCAUCGGUCUUCUCAAAUCCACCGUCAAGUUAGUGACAAAUCAACAUUUGGAUUCUUUCUCUAACAGUUUACUUUGUGGCCGCGUUACUGAAAUCUUGCUCAAUCUGAUUGAUGAAGAGGGUGAUAAGUGCUCAAUGAUCUUGGACGCCAUCAACAACUGCGAGAUGGAGUACAUCUAUUCGAUGAAUGAGCACUACUAUUGUGACAAGGUAAAGUUCUACUGUGAACGUACCCUUGAAAAGCGUCAACAGGAAUUACCGUUGUCGAAGCCGGAUCCAAACAGCUUUCAAGGCGUGAUUCAACAUGUUCAAGCUCAAGCUGCAACACAAAAAGGUGCAGAAAAUGAUGUUGAUAUCAGUGUAUCACAACAAAUUCAAAUUGCCUCUGAGAUUCGUGCUUAUUGGCAGGUCGCCUUUAAACGUUUCACAGACUAUGUUCGCUUGGUCAUUCAAAUCAAAUUGAUCAAACCGAUUGGUGAACUUUGUCUUGACCGUCUCUGCGAAUCCAUGGGCGUUUAUGGUAACAUCACUUCGGCUAAAGCACAUGCUCUCUUGCGCGAAGCAGACGAAGUACGUUUCAAGCGUGCAGAUUUACAAUUACGCAAGCAACGUUUGGACAAAGCCUCCGCCUAUAUCGAAAAGUUCCAAAAUGGUGACUUUGAAGAUAUGUGA